CUAUGCCUUCCACCAAACGGUCUACUCCUGUAGUCAAGCUGUCUAAAUCCUCUAAAAAGCCUCGACGUUCUUCAAACAUUAACUCUAUUCCCUCAAGCUCACUCAAAAUUAACAACAAUGCUGGUAGUAGCUCCUCUAGUUCUGAUUCUUCAAGCGAUUCUGGAAGCGAUAGCACAAGUGACUCAGAUUCUUCUGAUGGCGGCAAUAACAACAACAUAGCUCAAGAUGAUACAUUGAAGGAAAAGGGUAGGAAGGAAAAGACUCGCGUGAAGAUAAUCCAUAUUCCAAAACAUCGCAUCGAUCCUAUGGACAAAGCUGGGCGCUGGGCUGUCUGUGCCGUUGAUGCAUUCCUCAAUAUCAGUGCAAUUGAAACGACUAAGCUAGAAUCCCUCGAAGAGGGAUAUGAGCCAGCCGAAUCCGACCAACCAUUCCUCCAGGCAUGGGAUCAACUUGUACUAAUAGCACCUAUCCUCGAAACUCUUCUAAUGAAAGCACAUACUGAGAAAGGUCAAAUGAAGUAUGUCGAUGCAUUGGACAAGAUCUCUCGAAGUGCUCUAUGUGCUCGACAAUAUCACACUGGCAUCAUCCGUCGUGACAUCCUGGACUGGAUAAUUUUCAAAGACGAUGAAACGUAUCUUCCAAAAUAUCCGAAGUCUCUUCGUGGCAUCAACCACCCUGCUACUCUUCGUUUAAUUAUUCCUCAAUGUUUUCGAAACAAGGUUGAUGAUCCAACAUUUAUAGAAAAAGUUGAGAAUGGUAGAGUCCGUAUCGAGGCAUCAGAAUGGCCCGCUUUUCUAUAUGAUCAAGAUCUAGCCGACGUCAAUGACAUCGAAAAAGGACUGUUCACUGGCGGCACAUUAUUCUCUGUUUUCUUCGCUAUCUUCUUUGGAAUUAGUUCAGCUCAAACCGGCACUUAUCAAAAAAACUCUAUAGCUGCUCGUAAUGGGAUGAAGAAAGUCACUGGCAGAAACAUCGCAUAUGCAGCGAUACAGGCCCGUUUUGCACUUUCUUCAGUCGAGAAAUGGAACAUCCCAGAUAAUCAUUUUGAUUACGUUGUAUUCUAUAACGAAAUUGUCGACUUUUUUGAAGACUACCCUAAGGAUGAACAUGUUGUUUCAAUUCUGGCUGACUGGAACGAAAAAGUGUUCGGGCAUAAAGAUGGGCUUGGCGGUCGUGACACCUGGGAUUUAGACAAAUUGGAACGUGAAGACACAGAAGGAAGCGAACAUACAACUUCUACCACUGCCAUGGCUCGAGCUGCUCGAAAGGCUCGGAACACACCCCCCACCACGAUAUCUUGAUGUCCCACAUUCAUUCUGCUGUUCCUAUCUUCGUCGCGUUACUCUCAAACUACUGGCUCUCGUACGUUGUAUUCUAGUUAUUGUGCUUAUGCCUGCUACUGCUUCUGCAUUGCUGCU